AUGAAAAUCCUUCUUUGUGAAGAAGGGGGUAGCAGUGAAAGGGGAAAGGAAAGGAGAAAGGAAAGGAAGAAGGGAGGAAGAAGAAAAGGGGGACACCAUUUCUCGGCUGGAAAUCGAGAACCCCACCACACUUGGAGCCGGCUGUUUGGAGGAAUAGAGAAACAACCCAUCAUCGUUGGAACUACGACCAACAGCAGCAGCAAAGGCUGCCUGCUUUCCGUUGUUUCUCGGCACCAACAGCAGCAGCAAAGGCUGCCUGUUUUCUGUUGUUUCUCGGCACCAGCAGCAGCAGCUAGGCUGCCUGCUUCCCGUUGUUUCUCGGCACCAACAGCAGCAGCUAGGCUGCCUGCGUUUCCGUUGUUCCUCGUCCAGCAACAAAACAGCAGCAAAACAGUAGCAAAAACAGCAGCAAAAACAGCAACAAAACAGCAACAAAAACAGCAGCAAAACAGCAGCAAAAACAGCAGCAAAAAUAGCAAUAAAACAGCAGCAAAACAGCAACAAAAACAGCAGCAAAAACAGCAACAAAACAACAGCAAAACAGCAGCAAAAACAGCAACAAAACAGCAGCAAAACAGCAGCAAAAACAGCAGCAAAACAACAGCAAAAACAGCAGCAAAAACAGCAACAAAACAGCAGCAAAACAGNACAGCAACAAAACAGCAGCAAAACAGCAGCAAAAACAGCAGCAAAACAACAGCAAAAACAGCAGCAAAAACAGCAACAAAACAGCAGCAAAACAGUAGCAAAAACAGCAACAAAACAGCAGCAAAACAACAGUAA